AUGUUUCCAGCAUCACGCAUCCUCCGCUCCAACACUUCCCACAUCGCCUCCAUCGCUCGCCCAGCUACCUUUGCGCCCACCCAGAACCGACUCUUCCACGCAACUCGUCCAGCCAUGACUGUCCACGUUGUCAAAACUGCCGACGAGUUCCGCCAGGCCGUCGCAAACAACAAGGUUGUCAUUGUCGACUCCUACGCCGACUGGUGCCCUCCUUGCAAGGCCAUUGCUCCCAUUCUGGAAAAGCACUCCAACUCGGAAGAAUUCAAGGACAAGGUGCACUUUGUCAAGUUUGACGUCGACAACGUUCCCGAAAUCGCCCAGCAGCUCCGUGUCAGCUCCAUCCCCGCCUUCUUCUUCUUCAAGGACGGCGAGCAGGUCGACAACUUUGUCGGCGCCAACCCCGCCGAGCUCCAGCGCCUGCUCAAGACGCACUCUGCCUAA